AUGAGCGAAACAAACAACCAAACACUGCGGCCUGUCAGCAUGGCAGACUCAGAAAAGACAGCCGCCCGUAGCGUCGGCGAUCUUGAGAAGAAGGAGAUGGGUGUUGGCGAGAGUGGCCUGCCUUCGGCUGCGCCCUCCAUACAUGAGAAGACCACAGACGAGAAGGAGCCGGAGGUCAACGAGAAGCGCAACUCAAAGGCCAGCAACAACGAUGAGGAAGACGAUUUCGAGUACCCUACGAAAUGGAAGCUCGCCAUCAUCACAUUAGCAUUGUGCCUCUCAGUUUUCUGCAUGGCAUUGGACAACACGAUCAUCGCGACAGCUAUUCCUCGCAUCACAGAUCAGUUCAAGGCACUUAACGACGUUGGUUGGUAUGGAUCGGCUUACCUGCUUACGACCUGCGCGACACAACUCCUCUACGGCAAAUUCUACACCUACUACUCGAUCAAAUGGGUCUACAUCAGCGCGCUAUUCAUCUUCGAAGUCGGUUCUCUGAUCUGCGGUGUUGCGCCUAACUCGACGACCUUGAUCAUUGGACGCGCCAUCGCCGGUGUAGGAGCUGCUGGUAUCUUCAGCGGCGCCAUCCUCAUUAUCGCAAGCACAGUUCCUCUGCGUCAACGUCCGGCCUAUAUGGGUUUGAUAGGUGGUAUGUACGGUAUUGCGUCAGUUGCUGGACCCUUGAUGGGUGGGGCCUUUACUGACCAUCUGACUUGGCGUUGGUGCUUCUACAUCAACCUGCCUCUUGGUGCUAUUACUGCUGCGUUCAUCAUUCCGUUCUUCACCAUCCAACGCCGUGGUAAGAAGAACGAGGCCACCUUGAUGGAGCAGGUCAAGAAGUUCGACCUGGAGGGUACUGCUCUGUUCCUGCCUGCUAUCAUCUGUCUGCUGCUUGCUCUACAGUGGGGUGGAAGCAAGUACGCGUGGGGCAACGGACGUAUCAUUGCUCUCCUUGUUCUCUUCGUCGUGCUCAUUAGUGGCUUCAUUGCCGUACAGUGGUGGAAGCAAGAGGACGCUACCGUGCCUCCUCGCGUCUUCCUCAACCGCAACGUCUGGGGAUCAGCCCUGUUCGGAGCCAUGCUCGGUGCAUCCUUCUUCGUCAUGGUCUACUAUCUCCCAAUCUGGUUCCAGGCUGUCAAGGGAGUGUCUGCAACGAAAUCCGGCAUCAUGAACUUGCCUGCCAUCCUCGGUCUCGUCAUCAUCUCCAUGUUGGCCGGUGGUCUCGUUACCUACUUCGGCUACUACACACCGUUUAUGCUCCUGUCAUCAGUCCUGAUGGCCAUUGGAGCUGGUCUUCUGUCGACAUUCGAGACUGACACCAACUCGCCCAAGUGGAUCGGCUACCAAUUUAUUUUCGGUGCUGGUGUUGGUUUCGGUAUGCAGCAAAUUCUUGUUGCUGUCCAGACGGUCCUUCCUGCAGACGACAUUCCUAUCGGUACCGCUACCAUGAUGUUCAGCCAGACCCUUGGUGGUGCACUCUUCAUCUCGGUCGGCCAGAAUGUCUUCACCAACCAGCUCAUCAAGAACCUCCACAAUGUUGUCCCUGAACUCGACUCAGGCUUUGUCCUGACUGUGGGUGCGACUGAGCUGAAAAACGCAAUUGAAGCCCGCUUCCUUCCUGGUGUGCUCUCCGCUUACAACCUCACACUGAUACAGACGUUCUAUGUGUCGGUUGCUGCAGGCGCAGUGUCGAUCGUCGGCGCUGCUUUUGUGGAGUGGAAGAGCAUGAAGGGCAAGAAAAUCGAGAUGGCGAUGGCGUAA